UUCACAACAACAACUUCACAGAAACACAUAGAAAAACCCUAUCAAUAAAAAAUAUCAGAGAUCCCUCUCUUUAUUUCUUUUACUAUUUUCUUCUUAACCUUUUGGUUAGUGUUAACUGUGCAUGAUUAACAAACAAUGGCUUCAGCGUGCGUUAACAACAUCGGAAUGUCGCCGGAGAACUUCCCCUCCUACGCCUGGCUCAGCCCUCGCGUCUCCUUCAGUCAUGACUCUUCCGGAUCCAACCCCUCCAACCCGGAUCCGGAACCCGAUUUCGAGUUCCGACUCGAAGAUCCCGUCGCCAUGCUCCCCGCCGAUCAGCUCUUCUCCGACGGGAAGCUCGUACCGCUCCAUCUCUCCUCGCUCAAGCCUUCCACCGCGGCUUCGCCGGACACCUCGUCGUCGCCGGAGAAUUCCAAAUCGUACCGGAGAAUCGUAUCCUCCGGCAAAGGCGGCGGCUCCGGAUGCUCCGGCUCAGGUUCCGAUCCAUACCUGUUUUCGCCGAAGGCUCCUCGGUGUUCCAGCCGGUGGAAGGAGCUGCUUGGGCUGAAGAAGCUCUACCUGAACGCGAACGGAAACGGAAACGGAAACGGAACGUCGUCGAAGUGCGAUUCGCAGAAGACGACGUCGUUUUCGUCGUCGUCUACUUCUUCUUCGACCAAAUCGCUGAAGCACUUUCUCCACCGGAGCAGUUCCAAACCGGCGCCGUUUCCGUCGGAAAACGCUUCACUGAGCCUUCCUCUGUUGAAGGAUUCGGACUGCGAAUCCGUUUCAAUGUCUUCUCGUCUCUCGCUCUCGUCCUCUUCCUCAGGUCACGAGCACGACGAUCUCCCCAGGCUCUCGCUCGAUUCGGACAAAUCGAACCCGAACCAUAACCCGAACCCGAUUCAGAUCUCAAUCCACAGAAACCCUAACCCUAGAGUGCGGUUGGUGAAGCCGAGGGCGGGUUCCUUCGACAACAAAAUGGAUCAGUACCCGAAUAACCGGGCCGGGAGGAGUCCGAUCCCGAAGGAAUCAUCCGGUGCGGUAGGAUGCAGGGGAGUGUCAGUGGAUAGCCCCAGAAUGAAUUCUUCUGGGAAGAUAGUGUUUCAGAGCUUGGAACGAAGCUCGAGCAGCCCUAGCAGCUUCAAUGGAGGACCACGAUUCAAGCAUAGGGGAAUGGAACGGUCCUACUCAGCCAACGUUAGGGUCACUCCGGUUCUCAAUGUCCCUGUUUGUUCCCUUCGGGGCGGUUCAAAAUCCGGUUCGGUUUUUGGGUUCGGUCAGCUUUUUUCUUCUCCGCAGAAGAAAGAAGGUUCGGUUGGUAACGGAGGUGGCAACAACAAGGGUAGGCAUCGUUGUGACCGGAAUUAACAUAAACACUCUUAAAAAAAGCAGAGUAAGAGAGAGAGAGGGUAACGGUUAAUUAGGCUUUUUUUGUGUGCCCUUUUUGCCACUUAAUUUAUGUUCAUGUUUUCUAAUCUUGGAAUGAAAAUAUUGCAGGAGGACAUUGUUGAUUGGGGGUUACUUUGUUCUUUUGUUUGAUUAACAAGCUUUUGAUUAAUGUAAAUACGCAGAGUGGGAUUUUUAGAUGAGAUAAUGUUGAUGAUGGAUCAUCAAGUUCCUGUUUUUCUAACUUAGUUGAGCUUUUUUCAGUGCAAUUUCCUGGCUGCUGUUUGUCAUUUUCUGACCUCAAAGAUUUGGAAUCUCUACAUUUUCUUUCUAUUUAGCUUUUUCCUAAUUUAAUAGUGAGAAUUUAUCUUUUUUUAAUAUAAAAAUUUCGAGAUCUGUGGCAGUAUCAUGUUGAGCUUAUCUAGUUUGUCUUCUUCUCUCUUUUUUUUUUUUUAUUGAACUUUUUUUUAUUUUUAAAUUGAUUUUCUUUGUUGUUUAUUUUAUACUGUGGAGUUUUGGGAAAUGAUGCUAAAGAUUCAAACAGAGGCGCCAGCUCUGCUGAAUUAUUUUAUUGCACGUCAGUCUGAUCCCAAAACUUCAUGUCUACUACUAUUUUAAUUUUUACUCUCCGAUUGCAUUUAAAUUCAGUACUAUUUAUUUAUUUUAGCUAAAUGACAAAUCAAUAUAUAAAAUAUAUGCAUGCAUAUAUUAAUAUUAUAUUAAUAUUUCUUGGGACGUUAAUGGGGUGGAAUAACUCUCUGGCUGAGUGGUCGGUGGUCCACCCCUGAGCUUCAGUGUGUACCCUUUAUAGAAGAUUCAAUUGGGUGGGACAAGUUUCUUUUCUUUUAAUCAAAAUGUGUACUUUGAUUGGGGACAUGGGAUGUGUUCCCAG